AUGGGUGCAGCGGCAUGGGGAUUGAAGAUGGCAGCGCUCAAGGAGUUGGUCUCGUUCCCUGAUUUGGACACGGAAGUGAAAGCUGAGGUCAAGGCCAUUGGCUCAGGUAGCAACGCACGGCUCCAGGACUUUGCUUGGGCAAUGGGUGCCACGCCACUGAUCUUGGCAGUGCAAGCCGCAGGCUGCAUGGAAGCCCUGAAGAUCCAGCGCUAUUGA